AUGGCGCCCGUCUUCCAGUCGGAGGAGCAAUGGCUCGCGGAAGUACGUGCAAUGCGGGAGGCAAUGGCAAAUCUGCCACCCUUGGAGAGCCUUCCACAUCUCAAUCAACAUAUGUAUGGCGACGACAUCGACUUGACAUAUUCAUCAAACGACGAGGAAGAUAUAUGGGACGUCGACGGUGACAGUGAUCCAGACGACACACCACCGAGUGAGGAUGCUCAUAUCAAUGGCUUUUCUACACCAGAACUUCCUGCACAAUCCGGUCAUUCUCGAUCCUGGCUGAAACAGAAAUGUCAGGACUUUUCUCGGACCAGAUCUGGCAUAGAUGCCGCCGACCUGGAGCAGCAACUAGUGGCACUUCUUGCAUCCGACAGCUCAGACGAGGAACUGCAGAUGCUCCUGGCCGACAUGAUCGGCUAUGAUGACCUUGACUUCGUGAUCGAACUCAUUUCCCAUCGGAAGGAAGCCCUCUCCGAUCCACCUGCGUCGCACAAGCAGACAGAUGACCUCUUUGCUGGCUUACAGACCAAGAAGGAACGGCAUGCCAUGCUUCGACAGCAGGACUUCGAGCACAAGCACGCCCCUCUUGCUGGCGCACAAGAUCGAGCUGGCCCUCACUAUCCUCACGUCUACAAGUCCGACAUUGCUGCUAUCGGGAACACAUUGGAUGUCUCUGGCCGGAGGUACGGCUUGCCACUGGGCAGUGAGCGCCAGGAACAUCCAAAGUACGAAGAGUACUCGAUUCCGGCUGUAAAAGUGGGCUCUGUUGCAUCAGGACAACGACUGGUACCAAUCAGCGAGAUGGAUGGUCUUUGUCAGAGGACUUUCAAGGGUUACAGCACUCUCAAUCGCAUGCAGAGUCUGCUAUAUCCCGUCGCUUACACCACCAGCGAGAACAUGCUCAUUUGUGCUCCAACAGGUGCAGGUAAAACCGACGCAGCAAUGCUGACAAUACUCAACACGAUCGCUCACAACAUCGUGCCAAACCCAAUCGAGAGUCCUGAUGCAACUGAAUUCGAGCUACUCGCCCAGGACUUCAAGAUCGUCUACGUUGCACCCAUGAAGGCGUUGGCGGCGGAAGUCACGGAGAAGCUAGGAAAGCGACUGGCAUGGCUUGGUGUCCAGGUCAGGGAAUAUACCGGCGACAUGCAGUUGACGAGGGAUGAGAUACGAGCGUCGCAGAUCUUGGUAGUAACGCCGGAAAAGUGGGACAUUGCUACACGGACUGGCUCAGGCGAUACUGAGCUGGUGCAGAAAGUUCGCCUGUUGAUCAUCGAUGAGGUCCACAUGCUCCAUGACGAGCGUGGUGCCGUUCUUGAGUCGUUGGUCGCUCGCACCGAACGCCAGGUGGAAAGCACGCAGUCCCUCAUUCGUCUCGUUGGCCUCUCUGCAACAUUGCCCAACUACAUCGAUGUGGCAGACUUCCUUAAGGUCAAUCGGAUGGCUGGCUUGUUCUACUUCGAUGCGUCCUUUCGACCAGUGCCCCUCGAGCAGCACUUCAUUGGUGUGAAGGGCAAACCCGGCAGCAAAGCCUCGCGAGACAACCUUGACGCCGUCACCUUUGAGAAGGUGAAGUCCUUGCUCAAGCAGGACAAGCAGGUCAUGGUCUUUGUGCAUUCGCGCAAGGAUACCGUCAACGCCGCCAAAUCUUUGUACACCAUGGCGAUCGACGACGGCUGCACAGACCUCUUCGUGCCGGAUCCUGGUGACCCAGUAUAUGUGCAAGCCCUUGCCGACCUGAAGCAAACUCGGGCACGAGAGCUUCGCGAUAUCGUUCCCCAGGGUUUCGGCUGUCACAAUGCUGGUAUGCCGCGAAGUGACCGCAACUUUGUGGAGCGCAUUUUCGCUCAAGGUGCCAUCAGGGUUCUGUGCUGUACAGCUACACUUGCUUGGGGUGUCAACUUGCCCGCUGCGGCUGUCAUCAUCAAAGGCACGCAGCUCUACUCGGCAGAAGUCGCAAGAUUCGUGGAUCUUGGCAUCUUAGAUGUGUUGCAGAUCUUUGGUCGUGCAGGUCGACCACAAUUUCAGGAUACUGGUAUCGGCUUUAUCUGCACAACUCAAGACAAGCUCCAGCACUAUCUGUCGGCUGUAACUCAACAGCAGCCAAUUGAGUCAAAGUUUUCCAAGCGCCUGGUUGACAACCUGAAUGCUGAAAUCGCGCUGGGCACCGUCACGAACGUCGCCGAAGGAAUCGCGUGGCUGGGAUACUCUUACCUUUUCGUUCGCAUGCGACGGAAUCCUCAAGCUUAUGGCAUAGAAUGGGACGAGUUCCAGGACGAUCCUCAGCUUGGCCAGCGACGACGUAAGCUCAUCAUCGACGCAGCUCGCACUUUGCAUCGUAGCCAGAUGAUCAUCUUCAAUGAGACGACAGACGAACUCAAGCCAAAGGAUGUUGGCCGAAUCGCCAGCCAUAAGUAUAUUAUGCAAGACAGCGUCGAGAUCUUCAACACCAUGAUGCGGCCGCAGGCCAGCGAGGCUGACAUCCUGAAGAUGCUCAGCAUGAGUGGAGAGUUUGACCAAAUACAAUCUCGUGAUACUGAAGCGCAGGAGCUGCAACGACUCCGUAGCGAAGCCACCGUGUGCGAGGUCGAGGACAAGAAGAGUGCGCAGUCAAGUAAUCCUGCCGCAACCGCUGAUACCAAUGCCAACGUCAAAGUCAAAGUCAAGGGCAAAGACAAUGCCGCGGAUCAGGAGACAAAGACAAUUCAGAAUCACGCAAAGACGAACAUCCUGCUCCAGGCAUACAUCUCCCGCGCUCGCAUCGAAGACUUCACACUGGUGUCCGACUCCAACUACAUUGCUCAAAACGCUGGCAGAAUCUGUCGGGCCUUAUUUGAGAUCGCAUUGAAGCGAGGUUGGGGUCACCAAUGCUUAGUCCUUUUGUCGAUGUGCAAAGCCAUCGAGAAGCGGAUCUGGCCGUUCCAACAUCCCUUGUACCAGUUCGACCUGCCUCAGCCUGUCAUGAAGAACCUCGAUGAGAAAAUCCCUACGUCCAACAUUGACAGCUUGAGAGAGAUGGAACCCGCUGAGAUUGGUGCGCUGGUGCACAAUCAAAAGAUGGGUGGCACUAUCACCAAGAUACUGAGGAACUUCCCCACGGUCUCUGUCGAAGCUGAGAUCGCGCCCUUGAACCGCGACGUUCUUCGCCUAAAGCUUUUCCUCUAUCCGGAGUUCUCCUGGAACGACAGACACCAUGGUAAGAUGGAGUCUUAUUGGGUCUGGGUCGAGAACUCCGAAUCGUCAGAGAUAUAUCACCACGAACGAUUCAUGCUCGAGCGCAAGAAACUACACCACGAUCAUGAGCUCGAGUUUACGAUUCCACUCGCAGAUCCAUUGCCGUCACAGAUCUACGUGAGGGUGGUCUCGGAUCGCUGGCUGGGUGCUGAGACCGUCCAUCCGGUCUCCUUCCAGCACCUGAUACGACCAGACACGGAAAGCGUGUUCACAGAUCUGUUGAACCUGCAGCCACUUCCAGUCACGGCUCUCAAGAACCCGCCGUUGGAAGAGGUCUACAGUCAGAAAUUUUCGUACUUUAACGCGAUGCAGACCCAGAUCUUUCACACUCUGUACCACACGUCGAACAACGUCUUUCUUGGUUCUCCGACUGGCUCCGGAAAGACUCUGGCUGCUGAGUUGGCCAUGUGGCAAGCAUUCCGAGACCAUCCUGGCAGCAAAGUCGUGUACAUUGCGCCGAUGAAAGCACUGGUCCGCGAGCGGCUUAAUGACUGGGGUAAGCGUCUUGCACGUCCUCUGGGCCUCCGUUUGGUGGAACUCACCGGCGACAAUACUCCCGAUACACGAGCCAUCAACGAUGCGGAUAUCAUUGUCACCACUCCAGAGAAAUGGGAUGGCAUUUCUCGAUCUUGGCAAAACCGGUCCUACGUUCGAAAGGUCUCUUUGGUCAUCAUCGACGAGAUCCAUCUACUUGGCGGCGAUCGAGGUCCAAUUCUAGAGAUCAUUGUCUCCCGCAUGAACUACAUCGCUACGCAGGCUGAGGCUGGCACAAUCAGGCUACUCGGCAUGUCUACGGCAGCUGCUAAUGCGGUGGAUCUUGCCAACUGGCUAGGAGUCAAGCCUGGCAAUAACCAAGCUUGUUCAACUUCCGCCAUAGCACCAACGUACAUGGCCAUCAAGACACACAGCCCAACAAAACCUGUCAUCGUGUUUGUCGCAUCCCGAAAGCAGACACGCUUGACGGCCAAGGAACUUGUGAAUCUCUGUGGCAUGGAAGACAACCCGCGUCGAUUCUCGCACUUCGACAGUGAGGAGGAUCUCGAGCUGACGCUAUCUACCGUCAAAGAUGAUUCCUUCCGCGAAGCGCUCAGCUUCGGAAUUGGUCUUCACCAUGCCGGUCUCGUCGAGUCGGAUCGAUCGCUCGCUGAACAGCUGUUCGCGACAAACAAGAUUCAGAUUCUGGUGGCAACUGCAACGCUAGCCUGGGGUGUCAAUCUGCCCGCACACCUGGUGGUUGUGAAAGGCACGCAAUUCUUCGAUGCCAAGACAGAAGGCUACAAAGAUAUGGACCUGACAGACGUCUUGCAGAUGCUUGGUCGCGCAGGUCGUCCACAGUUCGACACUUCAGGUGUGGCGAGAAUCUUCACUCAGGAUGCCAAGAAGUCAUUCUACAAGCACUUCCUGCAUACUGGAUUCCCUGUCGAAUCAACCUUACACAAGACGCUGGACAACCAUUUGGGUGCCGAGAUCUCUGCUGGGACCAUCACUACCAAGCAGGACGCGCUGGACUACCUGACCUGGACAUUCUUCUUCCGCCGUCUCCACAAGAACCCGAGCUACUAUGGCCUCGAGCUUUCGGCAGAAGAGCACAAAGAAAAUCCGUUGGCUGCGCGACAACUAGCGGCCGACUAUGUUGUGUCGCUCGUCGAUAAGUCGGUCGCAGACUUGACCGAUUCCUCCUGCAUUGAGUCCGAGCCCAACGGCAAUGUCGACCCUACACCAUUUGGCAAGAUCAUGAGUUACUACUAUCUCUCGCAUUCAUCAAUUCGGAACUUCAUCGCAAAAGCCCGAGCUACACCAGUCGGCAAAGCUGACAUUGGCGCCGUACUCUCCUGGGCAGCUCAAGCUACGGAAUACGAUGAGAUCCCGGUGCGACACAAUGAGGACAUCACAAAUGCCUCCAUCGCGCCGAAUAUGCCCUACAAUGCUCUUGAGCUCAUGAAAGACAUGCCGAUGUGGGACCCACAUCUGAAAGCAUUCCUGCUCAUCCAGUGCCACAUUCUGCGUAUUGACUCGCACAACUCAGAGUACAUCACAGAUCAGAAUACCGUGCUCGAUCAAGUUGUGCGUAUCAUUCAGGCUGGCAUUGACACCAUGGUCGAGAUUGAUAAUGGUCGACUAGACGCAGUACGCUCCUACAUUGCGCUGCUACAAAGCAUCAAGAGCGCUCGCUGGCCUAGCGACUAUCCUCUAAGCAUUUUGCCUGGCGUCAACGACAAGUGGGACGAGACCCUCAACGGAAAGGUCCCAAGAGAUCUGAAUGCACUCGUGCACACCAUGCAUAACACUGGUCGCAAUAACAACUCACUCGACAAGAUCAUGGACGCCUUGUCAGUCAACACAUCCCACCGACGAGGCGAGUUCGUUCGUGCCGCAAGAUAUCUGCCAGACCUCGACCCCAAAGCCGAAGCACAUUCGAAGGAAGCCGAUGGGAGUCCGGAGAUCACCCUCACAGUCACACGCAAGAACCCACUCGUCAACGCGAACGAGGCCAAGAUCUACGCGCCACGUUUCCCCAAGUCGCAGACGGAGGCUACUUCGCCAUUCUGGAAUGUCGGCAAAGGAACGCCCAAUGGCCCGACAUCGAAUCCGAGAAGGGCUGGUCAAGGCCAACAGCUGACCACGAACGUCAAGCUACGACUCGAGCCCGCGACAUUCGACCGCGAAGUCGAUGUCGUCGUGAUCAGCGACUGCUACCCCGGCAUGGAGUGGCGUGUUGAGCGGGUUGCUGUGCCGAGGACAGAGCCUCCCAAGAAGGAAAACGUCGACACAGUGGAGGUGUCGAUUGAUGAGGGUCUAGUUAGGAAAGCAAAGCAGAAGAAAGAAGCUGAGGAAGCUGCGAAGAAGAAAGAGUAG